AUGCAUUUGAUAAUAAGAAGCGAGAUUGCGCUACGCAUCAUAACGUCCAAUGAAACCUGCCUUGUUGUCAUCAUCGUUCCAUGGGAUUGCGCUAAAGAACAGAUCCGGCUUCUCACCGAUUUCAACAUGACCUUGGACACCAAUACGCCGUUUGCAGACUCUGCCUACUAUUUCCAACACAGAUUCAACUGCGGGCCAAAUAUUAGGACCAACAACCAAAUAAACCAAUAUGUUCUUCUUGAUGGAGCAUUCGCAGAGACGUUGGUCGUUUCAUAG